ACAUUUCCCAGAAGGCUCGGCUGUGCUAUUUCUCCCCGCUUGCGGUCUAGUUCUUUUCUUCCAGAGCCUGUUCAACUCCCGGGGAUAGUAAGACAAUCCAUUUUUAAACGUUUCACAGUGGGCUUUCUUGGGAGUCACGGCCCGAGGCUAAGCCAGGCUCUGUGAGGCCUCCGGUGGGCGGUUUGAUGAGGGGGAUGCAACCCUUUAGGCGGAGCUGCAGCUGAUUUCUGCUAGAAAUCCGGUUGACCGGUAGCCAUCUUGUCAGCCACAGGGAUGUCUCUGACUACACUUCCCAGAGGACUCCUCGACAAGAACGUGAUUCUCGCGUGAGUUCAGCCUCAAAGUCACGCGCUGGCGGGACCCUCAGGUCCGCACCAGCUAGUGUUACCUUGUUGUGGAAGGUUCAGCUUUUUAGGAAGCUUGGGAGACCUGAGGUGGGGAACCAGAGAAGAGGGCGGGGCCGGAGCUUAGGCCUUGUACCGCUCGCUAAGAGAGAUCAUUGGCUUUAAAAGAGAGGAGCAGAUCCUCCAGAUGGAAGAAUUCAGCCUGGGAGGUUACCAUCUAGGGGAAAAGAUGAAGAGCGUUGGGAAUGUGACAAGCAUAUGAAGCUAUUGAGAUGAGAAGUUUCCUGCCCAUUCUGCUUGACAGCUCUGCUUCUUUCCAAAAAAGGAGCCCAGGGAAGAACUGGUCCUUUUCUGCAAAUAUCAAAGCCAUGGCUCAGGAGUCAGUGAUGUUCAGUGAUGUGUCCAUUGACUUCUCUCUGGAGGAGUGGGAAUUCCUGAAUUUGGAACAGAGGGAUUUGUAUAGAGAUGUAAUGUUGGAGAACUACAGCAACUUGGUCUCAUUGGGAUGCUUCAUUUCUAAACCAGAUGUGAUUUCCUUAUUAGAACAAGGAAAAGAGCCCUGGAAUGUAGUGAGGAAAGGAAGAAGACAAUAUCCAGAUUUAGAGACCAACUAUGAGAUCAAGAAGUUAUCUUCAGAAAAUGACAUUUAUGAAAUAAACUUAUCCCAGUGGAAAAUAAUGGAAAGAAUUAAAACCCAUGGCCUUAAGAGCUUCAUUUUAAAAAAUGAUUGGGAGUCCAAAAGAAGAUUUGAAGGACAAGAGGAAUAUUUCAACCAAGUGAAAAUCACAUCUCAAAAAAUGUCCCCUUACCAAAAACGCUCAUCUCUUUCCUCACGUCAGAGAAUUCAUUAUGUCGAGAAACCCUAUGAAUGUAAGGAAUGUGGGAAGGCCUUUAGAGUACGCCAACAACUUACAUUUCAUCAUCGAAUUCAUACUGGUGAGAAACCUUAUGAAUGUAAGGAAUGUGGGAUGGCAUUUAGACAGACAGCACAUCUUACUCGACAUCAGAGACUUCAUUCUGGUGAAAAACUCUAUGAAUGUAAGGAAUGUGGGGAAUCUUUCAUGUGUGGCCCAGAACUUAGAGUACAUCAGAAAAUUCAUAUUGGUGAGAAACCCUAUGUAUGUAAAGAAUGUGGGAAGGCCUUCAGAGUUCGUGGACAACUUACUCUCCAUCAGAGGAUUCAUACUGGUGAGAAACCCUAUGUAUGUACAGAAUGUGGGAAAGCCUUUAGGCAGUAUGCACAUCUUACUCGACAUCAGAAGCUUAAUAUUGCUGACAAACUCUAUGAAUGUAAAGAAUGUGGGAAGGCCUUUUUGUGUGGGUCUGGCCUUAGAGUACAUCACAAACUUCAUACUGGGGAGAAACCCUAUGAAUGUAAAGAAUGUGGGAAGGCCUUUAGAGUACGACAACAACUGACACUCCAUCAGAGAAUUCAUACUGGUGAGAAGCCCUAUGAAUGUAAGGAAUGUGGAAAGACUUUUAGUCGUGGUUAUCAUCUUAUUCUUCAUCACAGAAUUCAUACUGGUGAGAAACCUUAUGAAUGUAAGGAAUGCUGGAAGGCCUUUAGUCGUUACUCACAACUUAUUUCACACCAGAGUAUUCAUAUUGGUGUUAAACCCUAUGACUGUAAGGAAUGCGGGAAAGCCUUUAGACUACUCUCACAACUUACACAACAUCAGAGUAUUCAUAUUGGUGAGAAACCCUAUAAAUGUAAGGAAUGUGGGAAGGCCUUUAGAUUGCGCCAAAAACUUACCCUACAUCAGAGCAUUCAUACUGGUGAGAAACCUUUUGAAUGUAAGGAAUGUAGGAAAGCCUUUAGACUUAAUUCAUCUCUUAUUCAACAUCUGAGAAUUCAUUCUGGUGAGAAACCUUAUGAAUGUAAGGAAUGUAAGAAGGCCUUUAGACAACAUUCACACCUUACCCAUCAUCUGAAAAUUCAUAAUGUAAAAAUAUGAGAAUGCUUUGUCAGUCCUGUGUUGUAGAACAGUCUGUGAAUGUAGUAAUUAGUCCCUUUUGCUUCAUUCAUGCACCUGACUUGGCAUAAGGGGGUUUGUAUCAUUAACAGAAUGUGUUAAUUUAAUGUAUUCCAUCAUCACUCAGAUCUGAGAAUCUUCCCAUUCAUUCUACAAACUCAUCUUAUUAAUAUAACAAAUGUGGGGAAGACAUUUAUCAUCAUCUGUAGCCCAUCACUUUCCUACUUGUGUUACACUGAACAAGAUGCUUAACUGCUCCAUACUAUAAUUUCUUCAUUUAUAAAACUGUAAUACUGUGGCAGAGUAAAAAUUGCUGCAAAUUAUUUGACACUCCAUCCAUCAAGAAGUAAAAUCCACAUGCUUUCCCUGAGAAUCUGGGUCAACUGACUGCUUUGAGCAGUAGAAUAGUAGAAGUACUGCUGUGCUGGUUUCUGGACCCAGAUUUUACUGGUAGAUUUUACCUUAUCUCUUGGAAUACUCUCUCGAGACCUUAAACUGUUAUGUUAAAAAGUCUGGCUACUCUGCUGAAGACACCACAUGAAAAGGCCCUGAGACUACCUAGAGAAGGAGAGGCACUCUACUGUGCCGUCUUCCAGAUAUGCCCACGAAAACACCAGAUAUUUGAGUAAACAGUUUUGGAUGCUCCAGACCAGCCAUCAGCUAAGUUCCUACAGGUGACCUCAGUUGAUGCCAUGUAGAACAAAAAAAUUGACCAUCUGAGUCCCUACCCAAAUUCCUGACCCACACAAUCAUGAGAUACAAUGGUUGUUAUUUUAAGCUACUAAAUUUUGUUUUAUUAUGUUACUGUCUUGAAAAUCCAUAUGAAAGACUAUGAGCACAAUGAAUAUAGAAAUGCCUUCUAUCAACACUCAUCAGUUACUGAAUGCCAGAUAACUUAUUCAUUUUAAAAAUAUUUUUUAUUUUUAUUUAUUUUUUUGGCUACCCCAGUUCUUAGUUGUAGCAUGUGAACUCUUGUAGCAUGUGGGAUCUAGUUCCCUGACCAGGGAUCAAACCCAGGCCACUUGCAUUGGGAGUGUAGAGUCUUAGCCACUUGACCACCAGGGAAAUUCCAACUUAUUCUUGCUAAAAUUCUUGAAAGUAAGUUCUUUUUCAAUUUGUUCAUAAAAAAGAAGAUAUUCUAGGGACUCACCUGGUGGUCCAGUGGUUAAGAUUCUGCACUUUCACUGCAGGGGAAACGGGUUCCAUCUGUAGUCAGGGAACUACAUGCUCUGUGGCAUGGCGGAAAAAACCCAAACAAGCAAAAAAGAGAAGAUAUUCUACAAUCGUAUGUUCUCUGUCUCAGUAUAAAUUUGAUUUAAAAUUAACGAAGGAGGGAUGGACCUAGAGAUUAUCAUACUAAGUGAAGUAAG